AAAAAAAAAAAAAAAAUCGGUGGGAAACAGAAGUACAAAACCACAUGGGUCAAAAACAAAACCCAAAAACCCCAUAUCAUGUUCAUAUUCAUAUUCAUAUAUUCAUAUUUCAACACUUCAACAAUUAAAAAGAAUUGAAUUCAUGUUCAUAAUUCUCUCAAAAACAUGAAAACCACUAUCUUCAUAUUAUCUAUCUUCUUCUCCAUCACUUUUAUUCUAGCAACUGAUACAAUCACAUCAACAAAACCCCUUAACAUAAAUCAAACACUAGUUUCAAAAAGUGAGGUUUUUGAAUUGGGCUUUUUUGAUCUGGGCGACAAUAAUCUAUACAUAGGCAUUUGGUACAAGCAAAUUCAGAAGAGAACAUAUGUUUGGGUAGCAAACAGAGACACACCCAUUACUUCAUCGUACGGAAAGUUAACAAUCGGCGAAAACCACAACAUCGUACUAGUUAACGAAGCCGGUUUGGUCUGGUCGUCGAACUCGUCGGUUUCGAAUGCGAAAGUGGUGGCUCAGCUUUUGGAUUCUGGUAACUUUGUUUUGAGAAUGGAAGGUGAUGAGGAUGUAGAGAAUUAUAUGUGGCAAAGUUUUGAUGACCCGACGGAUACUUUGUUACCCGGGAUGAAACUCGGGUGGGACCGGAAAACCGGGGUGAAUCGGUUUUUGCGGUCGUGGAAAACGAAUACUGAUCCCGGUUCUGGUGAUUAUUCAUUUAAAAUGAAUAUAGAUGGUUUCCCCGAGGUUUAUUUAACCUCGGGGAAAAGGACUGUGUACCGUAGUGGGCCAUGGAAUGGGAGAAGGUUCAGCGGUGUACCCGAGAUGAAAGGCGUGAGCGAAAUCGUGUUCGAGUUUCAGAACAACUCUGACGAGGUUUUAUACUCGUUUGAGAUGUCGAAUCAUUCGGUUUAUUCGAGGUUGGUUAUGAGUGCCUCGGGUAAGCUCGAGAGAUUCACGUGGAUUGAAUCAUCUGGCACGUGGACCGAAUACUGGUUCGCUCCACGUGACGUGUGUGAUGAUUAUAAAAAAUGUGGGCCGUUUGGCGUUUGCAAUGCAAACGCCUCGCCAGUUUGCGAAUGUAUGAAGGGGUUUCGGCCGAAAAACCAACAGGCGUGGGAUUUACGAGACGGGUCGGACGGGUGUGGGCGGACCUCCGUGUUGGAUUGCGGGUCGGAUGAGUUUUCGUUACUGAAGAACAUGAAAUUGCCGGAGAGUUCGAAAGCGGUUGUUGACCGGUCAAUGAAUUUGAGUUCUUGUGCUGCAAGUUGCAAGAGAAAUUGUUCUUGUGCAGCUUAUGCUAGUAUGGAUAUUACUGAAGGCGGGUCGGGUUGUGUGAUAUGGGCCGUGGAUCUUUUGGAUAUGAGACAGUAUGCUGAUUCUGAAGGUGGACAAGAUCUUUACGUCAGAGUUGCAGCUUCUGAUUUAGAUCAAUCACCAACUACCGGAACUUCUACAAGUGGCUCGAGCAGCAAUGUUGGAAAAAUCGUCGGCAUUACUGUUAGUACAUGUGCAGUUAUAAUUAUUUUACUCGUAGUCCUUUACCUAAGGAGGAAGAAAAUACAAAGGUUGAGGAAUUCAAGCAUACAUAGAAAAGGUCAAUAUGAAAGAAGCCAAGAUUACUUGAUGAGCGAGCGGAUUAUUGUGCAAAGUAAAAAGGAAUAUUCUGGUGAAACGAAGAUCGCUGAUGACCUUGAAUUACCCUUGUUUGACUUUUCGACUUUGGCUAUCGCCACAAACAAUUUUUCUGAUGAAAAUAAACUCGGGCAAGGUGGGUUCGGCUGCGUUUACAAGGGUAUUUUAAUGGAAGGUGAAAUCAUAGCUGUUAAAAGGCUUUCAAGAACUUCGGGCCAAGGUAUCGAAGAACUUAAAAAUGAGGUUCUAUUAAUCGCAAAACUUCAACAUAGAAACCUCGUUCGACUACUAGGUUGUUGUAUUGAGGUCGAAGAAAAGUUGUUGGUUUAUGAGUACAUGGAACACAAAAGUCUCAAUACGAUUCUUUUCGAUAAAGAGAAAAGCGCAUGGCUUAAUUGGCAAAAACGAUUCGAUAUCAUAUCUGGGAUAGCUCGAGGACUUCUUUAUCUUCAUCAAGAUUCAAGACUGAGAAUUAUUCAUCGAGAUCUUAAAGCCAGUAAUGUUUUACUAGACACGGAAAUGACCCCGAAAAUAUCAGAUUUUGGUAUGGCAAGAAUUUUCGGAGGAGAUCAAACCGAAGCGGAAACAAAGAAAGUGGUUGGAACACAUGGUUAUAUGUCGCCAGAAUAUGCAAUGGACGGUCUUUUCUCAAUAAAAUCAGAUGUAUUUAGUUUUGGGGUUUUGGUGCUUGAGAUAGUGAGCGGUAAAAAGAAUAGAGGAUUCUACUACGCGAGUAACCAACUUAACCUCCUCGGGCACACAUGGAACUUAUGGACACAAGGCAAGGCUUUGGAACUACUAGACGAAUCGAUAGGGGCCGAAUUUUCAAACGACGAAGUAUUGAGAUGUAUACAAAUCGGAUUAUUAUGUGUUCAAGAACACGCCGAAGAUAGACCAAAUAUGUCUAAAGUGUUGUUGAUGUUGAGCAGUGACGCUGUGAACCUGCCACAACCGAAAUACCCUGGAUUUUGUCUUGGAAAACGACAUUCGGAAAUAGAGUCUUCGAGCAAACAUGAUGAAUCUCUAACCAUUAACGGAGUAACCGUUACGAUACUAGAUGGUAGGUAGCCGAAACCGGGUUAGCCACCAUCUUAUACCGAUUGUAUAUUGUGUUUCUUUCUCUUUUUAAAGGUAUUUUUGUGUAUUCUUUGGUUUUUUUUAAUGAGAUAAGAGAACUUCAUGUCUUCAUGUCAUAUUUUACACAGCCAUUGAAUGCUUAUA